AUGAGUAAAUUACUUCGUGAUAUCUCACUUGAGGUAAAGAAAGCAGUGAAGAUGGAACUGGCUUCUGUGAACGAAUCGUUAAGCUCAUGGUGUAUAAAAAUGGAUACUAUAAAUGCUACACUGGAAAUCCUAACUGAGAAAGUGAAAGACUUGGAGAAGAAAAACAUGUACUUGACAAAUCAAAAUACCCACUUGGAAUUAAAAGUUAAUGCUAUGGAACAACAAAUCAGAAAUAUGGAACAAAAACAGUUGGAUAAUGUACUGGAAAUAACAGGAAUUCCCGAAAAUAAGGACGAGAACUUGGAAAAACUUUCAAGUAAACUAGCCUCGAAACUAAAAGUAGAGAAACGUCAAGCGUCAAUGGUGAAAAGACUGAAAGGCAGGGAUGGUAAAGAAGGUGUGAUCCAGGUAGUAUUACAACAAAAGGAGCAGGUCGACCAGUGGAUCCGCGCUGCACGAACGGAAACAAUUGCUUUGGAAGAUAUAACUCCAAAUGCCCCUAAUCCUGAAGUAGCCAAGAGAAGAGUGUUACUUCGGCGUGCACUAACCAAAGCAAAUAAAACACUUCUGUGGCAAGCUAAACAAACCUUGAAGGAAACUUACAAAUAUAUUUGGUUCCAGGGUGGUAAAGUUUUGGCUCGUAAAUUUGAUAAUGACAAGCCCGUUAUCAUAAGAAGCUCAUGUGAUAUUGAUAAGUUGUCUUCUCAAAAAUAUCGAUAG